AACAAAACGGUUUUCGUAGAAUGUGCCAGCAAGUUCGUUACAAUUUGUCUAUCUUCGUACAAUUUCUGUAUUUUCAGGUGUAAACAUGAUUUCGGCUCUGCAAAUUAGUUUUAAUUCAAUGGAAAAUUUCUUCAGCUUGGUAAAAUAAUUGAAACUGAAGACUGUGAAGCUAGCAAUUACCCCAAAAAACCAUCAUCAAAGAGGGCCUAGUGAAAACUGUUGCUGGGUGCGGGCGUUUUAAAUCACAUCACUCGAACAAAACAGCAAACGGUCGGUUAAAAAUGGAACCCGGUGAACGUAAAAACAUAAAAGUGGCCGUACGGGUGCGACCGUUCAACCGCCGUGAGUUGGAGCAAAAUCAGCGGAACAUAAUCAAGGUUCUGGACCGUUCCACACUUAUGUUUGACCCGGACGAGGACGAAGAUGAAUUUUUUUUUCACGGCAUGAAACAAACCCACCGGGACAUCACAAAACGAGUGAAGAAAAAACUGACCAUGGAGUACGAUGAGGUGUUCGAUGCGGAGGCAACAAACGAGAAAAUCUUUCAACAUUGUACCAAACCACUGGUCGAAUCGGUCAUGGACGGUUACAACUGCAGCGUUUUCGUGUACGGGGCAACGGGAGCGGGGAAAACGUUCACGAUGUUAGGAAGCGAGGAAUGCCCGGGUAUCACUUUCCUAACUAUGCGAGAGCUGUUCCGGCAGAUUGUACAAUUGAGCGAUGUGCGCAAAUUCGACAUUGGAAUUUCGUAUUUGGAAGUUUACAACGAAUUGGUGAUGAAUCUGCUAACCAAGAGUGGCCCAUUGAAACUGAGGGAAGACGCCAGUGGAGUUGUGGUCAGUGGGUUGGUUUUGAAGCAGAUACAUAAUGCUGAAGAAUUGCUUGAAUUGCUAGCAUUAGGAAAUCAAAACCGAACUCAACAUCCUACCGAUGCCAAUGCUGAGAGUAGUCGAAGCCAUGCUAUUUUCCAGGUGCACAUUCGAAUGGUCGACAAAACAACAGGCCAGAAGAAAACAGUUAAACUAUCUAUGAUCGACCUGGCUGGGAGUGAACGUGCUGCCAGUACGAAAGGAAUCGGUAUUCGCUUCAAGGAAGGCGCCAAUAUAAAUAAAAGUCUACUGGCGCUUGGUAACUGCAUCAACAAACUGGCUGACGGACUCAAGCACAUCCCUUACAGAGAUUCCAAUUUGACUCGAAUUUUAAAAGAUAGCCUCGGAGGAAACUGCCAAACAGUGAUGAUUGCUAACAUUUCCCCUUCAUCGCUUACAUAUGAAGACACCUACAAUACCCUUAAAUAUGCAUCACGUGCCAAAAAGAUACGUACGAGUCUUAAACAAAACAUUGUACCAAACAAUGUGCCGAAAGAAUUUUUGGUCAAGAAGGUCAACGAGCAGGCUGCUGAAAUUGAAAGACUCAAAGCAAAAUUGAAGGAAGUUGAAGAUCAGAAAGUGGUUGCUGUAAAACCGACGGCCUCAUAUGUGAUUCCUUCAGCUGAAUUUACUAUGCCAGACGCUACGUUGUUGAACACAUGGCGAUCGAAAAUCAAUAACGCCUACGCAAUUGUCCGCAAAGCCCAAGAUCACUACUUUAACCUUCAGAGUAAGGAAAAGAUACUGAACCUGCGUAGCAAGCUGAAAGAGCAUGUUGAGGAAAUUAAGAAAAUUCUUAGUCUGGAUGGGAAGCACUUAGAUGAAGAUAUUGCCCGACUAGAGGCAUCUAUUGACCGUUACGGAAAACAGGUGGUCCGACAGAAGGAAGAAAUGGAUCGGUGGGCAAAGCGAUAUAAAGAUGCUGUUAAAAAUUUGCAAUCAUUACGAUCCGAGGUGGAGAGUAGUUCGGAGGUCGGCCCAAUUAUGAUAUACUAUCUCCAGGCCAAAGACCAAGAGCUGGAUGCCGUCAAGUCUCAGCUAAAGAAGAAUCAUGUUAUGAAAAUAAGCAACAUCUAUAUUGAAGAAAACAAACAGUGGCAAAGGAUAAUGUGCCUUAGUGGGGAUAUUAUUCAACAGAACUUUUUACUGCUCCGUAGCAUUGGGCGCUUGGAUAAUGUCAUACUCGAAAAAAUGCAAAAGCUAGUGAAAUUAGAUUCUUGUCAACGAGGAGUUAAAUUCUGCGACGACAAUGAGCAAGAAGAGUUGAUGAAAGAAGUCAACAUAACUGAUACUAGCUUUGGAGAAAUAGCUAACCUUUCUGAUUGCAUUCAAGAAAUUGAUAUUAAGAAUGAUUUUAUAAAUGAGUGUGGCGUUAAGCGGCUUAAAGAGGCAGAUGAGUUUGAUGCUGAGCCGAAUAUUAAAAAGUAUAAAAAUGAUAUCAACUUGCUGACUGAUUUCAAAAAGCCUAGCAAAGUUGUUCGGCCACUCAAUUUCAAAGCUCAAAGUCUAAGCGUCAAGACAACAGUUACACGAAAGACGCCCACAAAAGCCCAAAAGACGACAACGAUUGCCCAGUUCAAAGUUCCUAAGCUUAUGUUGAGCAGUGUACCCUCUAAGCCUUCUAGUGCUCAAAAAAGGCAGAAGUUUGCCAAUUCAUCAUCAUCGUCGAACGAUGCCAGUGAUGUUUCGGAUGGGCCUGAUGAAAAUUUUGGCAAUGCAAACAGUACCUUUUGCAUUGAUUCCGAAAAGGAUGCUGCUAGUUCAAUUUUAUCUAACGUAUUGGUGGAAAGUAACGUAGAUCCACAGGUGCUCAAUAAAGUUUUGAGACGGGCAUCAACGAAAGGCAACGUGAUUUCAAAGGUAACACUAACCCUAAACAAGGAAAACCGCAAGUUCAGUCCCAAGCGAGUUGGGAAAAGUCCGAGGCCAUUAAUGCGAACAAACAGCAAAACAACCACUAGCGCGGCGAGUGUUAUCAAUCGGUACCGAAUGAUGAAAGCAGGUGCAAUAUCAGGUCCAUCUUCGUCCGGCAAAGGUAAUAACAGCGAAGGUGAUCGAAGAAAAUAAACGUGUUCGCUAGAGCUUUUUAAAUGAUUGAAAUAUCUUGGUGUUUAUAAAAUCUGUAAAUGUAAUUAUUUAGCUAAGCUUUCACAUGCUUGUAUUUUAGAAACUUCUACAAUAAACAGUGUUUGUUUAGUUCGUUAAGUUAACGGAGUCUUGAAAUCCAAAUUUGAUGAGUUUUUGAUAAACGGUGUAUUUUAAACAUUAAUGAGGAACUAUAAAAUCCAGUUGAUUUUUUUUAACACCGAUAAUUUUAAACAACUGAAACUAACAUUUUUAUAUGCAGAAAUUACUACAGUAAAAUUUUCUUAAUCUAAAUU